UGUAUUCAUCAAUUUGUAUGUAUUUUUGGCAAAUAACUCAUUAACGUAAUUCAACUGCGGCCUAUAUUUUGUGGCGUUGUUCUUCCGGUUUGUGUAUCACGGCAUUUGUUGUCAAAACAUGUUCUGCAUGUGUUGAGGGUUGUUGAAAGUUAUUGCUGAGAAUGGCCAAGCAAGUCACACAAGGGACAUUUGAUGAUGUUGUCAAAGAAAACAUACAGGAAUUUGAAAUGACAAUUGGAGCGGCAAUCACGGAUGCUGUUCAACAGUUUGAAUCACAGGGUGUUAAUCUGGCCAUGAUAAUUCGAGAUCCAAGUCUCUACAGUGCUGAUGGUGAGAAAGUAGUCCAUCCAGUGAUUGUAGCAUUGAAUUCCCUUUCGUCAGACCAGCCUGAAGAUGUGGAUGUUUCAAACUUAGAGGUUGUGAAGCAGGAAUGUGAUGUAGAUUUGUCCCGGAGAUGCUUUGCAGGAAAGAACGAUGCUUACAAAGUGCUGUUGAAAUCGAUACAAAAAUACAAAAAUGUGAACAAAGACCUGUUUGUCAAGGCAUUGCAAACCAUGUGUUCCCUAUGUAAUGGACAACCAGAUUUAUUAGAUCAGCAAGGGGCAGAGGAGUUUAUGAACAUAAUGAAGGAUGAAAACUGUGACCGGCUAAUUACAGAGUUAAUAGUGCGACUAGUACGACUGAACUGCACAAAACAUGAAAUGAACAGAAGAAUAUUUGUCAAAUUAGAUCUUAUAAAGGAACUUGUAAAAGUAUUGAAAAAGAACAAAUCUUGUAUUACAAUCGUUAAAGAAGUUGCAUUUGGUUUGAGAGUUCUUACUCAGGAUGAUGAUGUUAGAGUUCCUUUUGGGUCUGCUCAUGAAAAUGCAAAACAGAUUGUGAUGGAAGGGGAUGCUCUUCGAGAACUUAUCGAUAUCUGCAAAGAGCACACCAAUGAUGUGAGUGUGCAAGCAGAGCUGUUUAACACGGUGAGCAAGCUGGUGGUGAGGGACGAGUUCUGCCAGGAAGUGAAGGACCUGGGGGGACUGGACCUCAUUCUCAAGUCCUUCCACGCCAAUAUCACUCAUAAGGGCAUUGUUAAGCAGGCACUGGUUGUUCUGAAAGCAUUGGCGGGAAACGAUGACAUCAAGGUUGCCAUAGUGAAGGCAGGUGGUGUUCCGCUCGUUCUGGCAGCAAUGACUCAGCAUCAAGGCAAUGCCACAGUGUGUGCUUCAGGAUGCCUAGCUAUUGCCACAUUUGUGUUACGUCAGCCGGACCACUGUACUGUUGUCAUGGACAAUGAUGGUCACCAAAUGAUACUGCAGGCCAUGAAAGUGCACCCCAAAGACGAGAUAGUUCAGAAGCAAGCAUGCAUGGCAGUACGGAACAUCGUGGCACGCAACCGGGAGCUGUGUGACCCGUUCCUGGAGUUUGGUGCAGAGGAACUGAUCAACCGGGCUCGGGCCCUUCCAUCCUGUGAAGACGAGGCAAAGGCAGCCCUUAGGGACCUUGGGUGUCAAGUGGACCUCAAGGAACGCUGGACUGGGGAAAGGGGCAGCCUGCAGCAGGAAGCCUAUUGAAACUGCUGUAAGGGACUGUGGAAGAUCUGACUGCAAAUGUUUCCUUACUGCAAUGCUAUUUUUGUUAUAGCAGAAUCACCUUUUGGUCAAGAUUCACAAAGCUCCUUUAAGGAAAUGUCUUUAAAAAAAAAUUCAAGUAUUUAGACCUGAUUCCAAAUGUUUCACAAGGCUACAAAAGAAAGAGAUAAGAAAAUGUCUUCAAUAAAAAAUCGUUUGGUCUGGAGAUGUACUUUUUCUGCCAUUUAAAUGUUUGAAAUCAAGUCACUCCUUAAAGUCUCUGAAAAAAUGGACGAUUUCUCUUUUGUCUUAACCCUGAAGCAAAGUGAAAAUGGCUAUGUGCAAAUAGCAUAAAACCAGAACAGCCUGCGAGUAACUGGCAUUGUUCAUGUUUUCUGCUCAGCAGUAUCUAAGGGUUGGAAAUGACGCCUUAAAAACUUGAAUCUAGUAAGGAAGGUCUUUAAAUAAAUGUAUCUUUCUUAAGGACUACAAAUGCGUAAAAAUACGUAUCUAAUUUGUAAAGAGUUAAUAAGACGCCAAAAAAGUGUAUAAAUGAUCUCCAAUUAUAAACAUCUAUUAAGAAAUGUGUGUUUGCAAGCAUGCUACGUUUUUCAGUUGAACCAGAUAUUGCUACAGCUAUUAACAGCCAAUUUACUAAAAUGAAUUUCAGUGAGAUUUUAUUACUGUUCAAGGCUGCUUAAUACAUUUGUAAUUUUUCCAUGUAUUUAAAUUAUUGCGCUUUUUUAAAGAUCUUGUUGAAAGAUUUUAUGUCAUCUUUUGCAUUAAAGCAUUCCUUUAUAAA